AUGGCUUGUUCUGCUGAGAUAAAGCACAUUACUGAUUGUGGGCAGCUUGGAGACUUAAUUGAAUUCUCAUAUCCCAUUGGUUUUUCACAUUGGGGAGUAUAUGAGAGAGAUGGACACGUGGUGCAUUUUGCAGUUGCAGAUGAAAAUGAACUGCAGAGGAGGUUUCGUGUGCACAUAUUACAGAAAGUGUUCCCCUUGUGUGGAAACAUUCUUCUGGGACAAACUAAGAUCCGGCGUGAGCACAUCACUCAUGUGCCCGUGCCCAAAGGAGCACAUAUCAAAAUCAGCAACGACUGUCAUCACUAUCCAGUGUCCUCUGUCACAGAUAUGAGGAUUAGAUUGAAUGCGUUACUGGGUGAAGUGUUUGACUACAACCUGUUAUCUCAGAACUGUGAGCAUUUUGCCACAUUUGUGCGCUAUGGAGUGGCUGUAUGCAAUCAGAUACCACGACAUAAAGACAAGGAGCAAAAGGAAGCAACACAGAUAUUCCAGGAUAUCAUAGCUCAGAAAUCUUUGAGCAUGAAGUUUUGA